UCUGCGGACUGGCUGUCGACAGCGUCCCUGACGAAGGAGAGAAGAUCAGGCAAUGUGAGAACAGGGAAAAAAAGAAAGAACGGCUGCAAAAUGAUGUCUCUCAAGCAGUUGUGCGAGUAUGAAACGCCAUCCGUCACCGAACUACAGAACUUUCUGUCGGAUGACAGACGACCCACUGGACAUGUCAACCAAGUGUGGCCUAAUGUGUACAUUGGCAAUGAGGUCGCGGCACGAGACAAGCCGAUGUUGUAUAAUUUGGGGAUCACACACAUCGUGAACGCUGCCAGUGGACCGCCUCAUGUCAACACUGGACCUCGCUUUUACAGAGAUAUGUCCAUAGAUUACUAUGGAGUCGAGGCUGAUGAUUCUUCAGAGUUCGUCGUGAGCGUGUUCUUCUAUUCGACGGCGAGGUUUAUACAGGCAGCGUUAUCAAAAAAUGGUAAAGUGUUUGUCCAUUGUCUGAUGGGAGUGAGUCGUUCAGCCACCCUGGUGUUGGCCUUCCUCAUGAUCUGUGAGGAUCUGACUUUAAUGGAGGCCAUUAAAGCUCUACGCCAGCACAGGGAUAUCUGUCCUAACCCCGGCUUUCUUAACCAGCUUCGACAUCUUGACACGAGCCUCGUCCGAGAGAGGAAGAGAAAACUGGAAGCUUACAAAUUGUAACUGAAAACUUGGUAACAAUGUGCUGAAUCCCAUUUCAAGAGCAUGUCCCUUAAGGGCCUCCCCCGAUGGCUUUGUCCUAGUUCUAUUAGGCCUGAUCUUAUUUGCUAAUAUCUUUUAUACCGCAGCAGCAAAGUGGGUGACAGAAGACAAAAGUGAAGGGUUUCCAUAUAAACAGUAAAUAAGUUACAAAGGGCAGCGGGGUCACGAAAUAAAUGGCAGUUUUUUAAAUCUCUUCCAGAUGAGACGUACUUUGAACUGGUUUUGAAAUGAGCCGGCGAGCGUGUUUGGCUUUUUACUGGAGUGAAAUGAAACGGUCGCGGCUCGCUCUUUAUCAUGGAAAGGUGGAAGAGGUAUGCAUGCUUGACUGUCUAAAGGCUCGAUCCCCUGUAGUGACAUUCUAAUGAGCAUCAUAUGUUUUACAAUAUUUACAGUUUCUGCUCAAAUACCUUGGGAAUGUGAGCCACAGAUAGUUGUCAUGAAAUUGAUAAUCAAAAAGGAAGGCUGUGAUUAUAGCAGGUUCAAUUCUCAGUCCAG